CAUGGCGUUGAAACAACGCACUUCUGUCGGUUCCGUUCCGUCGCUGAUGCAGACUGGUUCAUCGAUUCGGCGUGCGCUCAGACAGCCAUCCCCGGAGCAGAUGACGUGGCAUCCGGCCAUAGAACCGUAGGGGUGGACCCCGCCUUUCGUGCUGUAUCGCCGCUAUUGCGUCCGUUACCUUUCGCUAAUGACAUUUUAACUCCUCUUUCUCAUCCUCUGUCUCUUUCUCUCUCUGUCUCUCUCUUUUCCGACUGGGAUUUGAGUUCUUGAUCACUGUUUUCUCCGCCGCCGGACUCUCGGAACCAUGGAAGCCAUCCGUAAGCAGGCCAGUAAGCUGAGAGAGCAGGUGGCCAAGCAACAACAGGCCGUCUUUAAGCAAAUUACCGGACGUUUUGGUCAUGAUUUUUCUCUUGUUGAUGAAUCUGAACUUCAAUGUCAUCAAAAACUUCAGACACUAAACGCUUCUACAAAAGCAGCAAAGCGCCUUCAACGGGAUAUAGUGCGAGGUGUAGAGGCAUAUAUUGCUAUAAGUUCUAAGCAGGUGGAAAUAGUAAAAAAGCUAGCUGAAGAUUGUUGCAAAUAUGGAACUGAGUAUCAAGAUUUUGGUUAUCCUCUUGCCAAUGCUACUCUAGACUUUGGCACUUCUCACAUUCUAAUGGAGAAAGAGAGGAAUAAUCUUCUUAGAAUGCUAGGAGAUCAGGUUUAUGAGCCAAUUCGAACAAUGAUAAUGGGUGCUCCUCUAGAGGAUGCUCGCUUUUUAACUUAUCGAUAUGAACGCAUUAGACAAGAUGCAGAAGCACAGACAGCUGAAGUUGUUAGACGUCAAUUGAAGUUCAAGGAAGUUGGUGCAACAGCAGAUGUUUCUGCCAAACUACAAAAUGCAGAAUCAAAGUUAUCAGAACUCAAGACUACUCUGUCAGCAUUAGGCAGAGAAGCAACUGCAGCUAUGAUGGCUGUGGAGUCUGAACAACAACAGAUUACUUUUAAGGGACUUCUCACAAUGGUUGAAGCUGAGAGAACGUACCAUCACAAUGUUGCUGAUAUUCUUGAUAAGCUCCACGAUGAGAUGGUUCAAACCAAGGAAAAUAAUGAGUUACUGAGGCAUACAGCAACAAGUGAACCAGUGCAAUCUCAAAGUGGAAAGGAAGAUUUCAAGACAAGUUGGUCUCAUAGCGACCCAGAGACCCAGACUGCAACAACUGAUUCUCAAACAGCGAUGGAAGAUUUCAACACAAGACAUUAUCCUGAUGAGGUAAAGAAAGAAGCUGCAAAAACUGAGGUGGUAGAAUCUCGAGCAGGAACGGAAGAUUUCAAGACCAGCCAGCCUCAUCACGAGUCUUUAACACACACAACAAUAACUAAGACAGUGCAAUCUGAAACAGGAAAGGAAAAUUACAAUACAAGUCGAUCUGAGGGCGAGUCUGUAACACAGACUCUUCCCUCAAACACUGAUUCUCAAAUUGAGGCUAUGACACAGGAUACAAUAACUGAGACCAUGCAGACACAAACCAAAGACAGAGAUCCAAAAAAAAUUAAACCUGGUGAUCCUGCUGUGAAUGGUCAGCAUCCAAUGUAUUUUGUUGCACAAGUUAUUCACCCAUUUGAUGCACAAACUGAUGGAGAGCUAAAUUUAUCUGUGGAUGACUAUGUUGUAGUGCGCCAGGUACAUCGUCAACAAGAGACAGGCUAAGUCAUCUAUGCCAUGCAUUUCCAUUUGGAUUUUCUGUUUGUGUAGCACCUAACGGGUGGUCCGAAGGUGAAUGCAAAGGAAAAGCUGGGUGGUUUCCAUCUGCUUAUGUGGAGCGCCGAGACAAAGCACCGGCAAGCAAGGUGAUGGAUACUCACUUGCUUACUUGACUUUUCUAUGCACGUUAGAAUCGUUGUACAGAUGCAUGUGUGAGUUUCCCCUGCACACUGGUUGCUUGAUGUCCACAAUCAACUUGUUCAUUGAGCGUACCAUUGCUUUCUCAAGAAGGCGACACUAGAAAUUAUUGUAGAGGGCCAUACUAUUUCAUUCAGUUGGCAAUAAUCUCUCGUCAUGUCUUCUGAAUCUGUAUUCUCAGUCAUGUAUGUACUCCACGUGCUGUAUAAAAAGGAAGAAUUUUGCUUUACGGUUCAAGAUGUGUAAAUAUUGAACAGAAAUAAUAAGUGCUGCAUAUGACAAUUGCUGU